AUGGGGAAUCGAUACUCACUUAUACGCGAAGAGGAGGAGGAGGCUGAGUUCCAAAGGCUGGUAGAAGCCGUGGAAUUAGCCCAGCGACGUUCCGCAGGACAUGGCGAUCUCGAAGCCGGCCUCUACCAGCCUCCUGCGCCUGUAUCCCGUACCGAGAAUAUCUACCCGCGUCCAGAUAUUGCGCCGGAAAAAGACGGGUGUAGCACCGCCUCCCGCCAUGGCCUCAACAAACCCAACUCCUUUUGGAUUCUUGCCAGCCCCGGGCAUUCCGGCGUCGAUUGUUUCAGUCCCAGUCAUCCUACCCCCAAAUACCGGGAGAACGAUAUCAAGUCAGGUCUCCGUUCUAUGGGCACUGCCACAGCGAUUGUCGUCUUUGCCCGAGGACAACAAUAG